AUGGAGACCGCCGACAUCCUGGAAGAAAUCGACAUGCUGCAAAGGGUUGUUAAGCAGCAGUCAGAAGUCAUAGACUCUGUUCGACAGGUUCUGGCCAAGCUACACCCCAAAGCACACGGUAAAGCUUUACCAAAGCACAGGAACAUAAGUUAUAACACAGUCAAAAUCGGACAUAUAAACGGCAAUUUCAUGUUCAGUACCCACGACCGGAACACAGUCCAUAUGGCCAGUGAGACACAGAUCGAAGAAGAAGCUGGUAAAAUCAUUCAAGAAGCCAUCAGGCAGCUAGGGACAAUCAUGAGCGAGCUUGAAAAGCUGAAAGAAGAAGCACAGAAGACGCACACGCUGCUUAAGCAGGCUGCCGCCAAUCUUGCCGAGGCGAGAUCGACCUCAAAACAGGACAUGGCCAUCAUGAUAUUUACUGUGGUCACUAUUAUUUUUCUCCCUCUCUCAUUCUUUACGUCGUAUUUCGGCCAAAACCUCUCCGAAGUGACUCAUGAUGAAAACAAUCCUUCCAGCCGGGAAUUGUGGGCGAUCGGAAGACCAAUCAGCGCAGUCAUCAUUCUUGUCGCUCUCUUCUUCGGCUUCUACAUAAGCAAGCCGGAAUAUAGGAUUUGGUGGUGGAAGUCUUGGCUUCCGUUCAAAAAUCGCACACGGGCUGUCAGCGAUGGUACCUCCACGGUGUAAACGGCCUCCAACAUAGCGCGGAUAAAAUUGAGAGGCCAAAGAGAUGCCAAAAAGUUCAUUUUUUAAGAAGAAAAAAAGCCAGUAGCGAGUAACCUGGUUGUCACUCUUGAAUAACAGAUGACCGACAUGCAUAUAAAAACACGACAGGGAAUGCUCUAUUUAGA